UACUCUAACAAUCCAGAAACCCCUCUGCUUUCCUCGAUUCCACAAGUGCACAUCAGUUAGUGCUGCACAGCUACAGGGAAAGAAGAUCACUGCCAGGGGGUGAGAGGACUGUCACACCUCGCAGGUGAGGACUGCACCCAGCAGCUGCAGCAUUGAUGACGGACCUGGGCUGAUGGGCUGAUGGGCUGAGGGAUCCUGUUUCCCGCUCCUCAUGGUUCUCUUUUGCCACUUUGGAUCUUCCACAUCGAGAUAAAGGAAGGCAGCCCCUUAUCAUGAGAGGAAUGAGGGUAAUAUUCUAUUACUUCCUAGCGGAUCUCUUUACUUUGCUGUGUUGCGCACAAGGGAAAAGUGGAGCUCACUUUGGGAGCACUGAAGUGGUAUCCGACGUCAACCUGUCCAACCAUGGAGAUCUGGAGUCUUCAGAGCCUCCUCAGACUGCUGAAGGCUGCAGGGGGUAUUUUGAUGUCAUGGGGCAAUGGGACCCUCCGUUUAACUGCAGUUCGGGGGAUUUUCUGUACUGUUGUGGUACUUGUGGCUUUAGGUACUGCUGUAAGUUCAAGCAGGCAAAGCUGGAUCAGAGUGUCUGCACAAACUAUGACAGACCCAUCUGGCUGCUACCUGGAAAGACUCCCCCAAAGAUUGAUGACCCAAUGCACGACCCCACCAGGGACAAAACGAAUUUGAUUGUCUACAUCAUAUGUGGAGUAGUAGCUGUAAUGGUCCUUGUUGGGAUAUUCACCAAACUUGGGCUGGAAAAGGCGCAAAGACCUCAGAGGGAAAACAUGUCAAGGGCUCUUGCUGAUGUGAUGCGACAACAGGGCCAUUGCUCGGCAGACCACAUGGAGAGAGAUGCAAACCUCGUGGUUCAUAUGCAGCACUAUGACACCAUGCAGUCUCGACCAUCUGCAAAUAACUUACCAGGUUGGCCUUUGGAUCAUACCAAUCCCCUUUACUUCAGCGACAUCGGAGCACAACUUCAUCAUCCCUAUGCUAAUCUGUCCUUGUAUGUUGAUACUUCAAAGAUGAAUAAUAUUGUUCCAACAUCCCCACACCUUCCACAGAUGGCACAUCCACAUUCCUUUCCAACUAUGGGACAGAUUUCAAAUCCAUAUGAGCAACAGCAGCCUCCUGGAAAGGAGCUUAACAAGUAUGCCUCUCUCAAAGCUGUUGCGGAAAAGGGCAAUGAUGACUUCUACUCGAAAAGACGACACCUUGCAGAGCUUUCAGCAAAGGGAAGCCUUCCUUUACACCCUGUCCGAAUGGAGCAGGAAAGAUCAUACAGUCCUGAAGGUGGUAGCAUGAGUGGCACAAUGGGUGGCACAAUGAGUGGCACUUUAGGUGGAACAAUGGGAGGAACUCUUGGUGGUACCAUUGGUGGCAAUCUAGGUGGUGGUACAUUGGGUGGCACAUUGAAAUUAAAUGGACAGAAAUCCAAAGUAAACAAAAUUCAUACUCAUCCACUGGCCUCAUCAUACAACCCUGACUACAAAACUUGGGACCACACCGAGCAUUCCCUGCGGCGGCAGGCCUAUGCAACUAAGAAGCAUUGCCCGGUGGAGUCAGUAAAUGAACAGAUGCCAGCUCAGAAUCAGCACUAUGUUCCUUCACAGCCAUACUUUGUAACAAACAGCAAAACAGAAGUAACUGUCUGAAAAAUACAAGAUCCACCAUACUGGAAUGAAACAGCAUUGAGGGUUCAAAAACAGAAGUUCUUGUAAGCCACAGAAUGAAAAGAGCAGAUUGGGUUUCAAGUGUCCAGCAAUAUAGUACAGGAAGGCAUUAGGGACACCAUUUUUUACUUCACAAUGAAGAUUAUGAGAAAGAAUACUUUUGCUACACUUUUUUAAAGCAAAAAUAAACUAUAAAUUUAAAUUUUAUGAUACGAAGUAGCACAACAGAGCCUUCAUCUCUGCAAAUAUCAACAAUGUGUGUUAUUAUUACCUGGUGAGAAGAACAAUUUAAAAUGGAAGUUAAUAGGCCCAAUAUUUUUGUAAGAAAACAAUAAAAGGGAAAAAAUGUUAUGAGAAUGGUUGUUUUCAUAAUCAUUACUUUGCACAUCUGUGAAAAUCCAUCAGUUCCAAGGCCUUUCCAUUUGUAAGAAACAAAAAAAAUGGUCAAGAAUUUUAAUAAGACUGUUAAGAUUAAAAAGGGAAUGGAGCCUUUCUUAUCGGUGGAAAGUUCAGAGUUGUUUAAUGAAACAAAAUAUUUUUUUUUAAAUAAAAAUAAAAACGAGAAACUUCAGCAAAAAAUGAAAAAACAUGGAUUUCUCAUUUGAGAAAAGAUUUUGGAAGAUAAAAAAAAAUCCACAUGUUCUUCCUUAUGGCGUUCCACAUACAGUAUAAACAGUUGGGAAAAUUGUUCUGCACUGUCUGUUAUAACUUCUUAAUCAGUCAAUGUUUUGCCUAUUUUCACUUGCUAAUGACUGGAAAACUACAAAGUGGGCGGUGCCUUUUAUGUAUUUCUAUUGUUUAAUGAUAAGUCUUGUUUGAUGCUUUUUUAUGUUUUUGCUUAGUUCCUUACAUUUUGCAUAGUACUAGUCUUUUCUUUGUAAUAUUGUUUAAAAUUUGUUUAAGAGAAAAAAAACUAAUUCAAUUGUUUUACAUAUCUGCUAAAUAUAUUUGCAGUGUGUUAGGGUCAUGUUUUAUUUUACUGAGAGGUAAAAAGUAUGUUUGCCUAAAUGCCUUUCUAUUUUUUAUUUUGAUCAGCAAAAAAAAAAAAAAAAAAAAAAAGAACUACAACAAUUUUUUUUUUUAUAAUCUCUCUUAGUCAUUUUGUGAAUGUUUUGCUUCAAAUUGCAUGGGGACUGACACAACUGACAUAUUCAAAUGUACAGUUAUCCCUUAGAUAUUCAGCCGUAUGCUAAAAUAAAACUAUAAACCAAAAACAAAAAAUCAUAUUUACUAUAUUUGCCAAUGUAAUUAAAGGGGAAAUAUAUCUUACAGUACGUCAAGUAUUUCUAAUUUUGUUGCCCUUGUUACUAUCACAAAACGGUUUUCUCAUUAGUAAGAGUUGUAGCAUUCUCAAGUUAAUGAAGAAACACUAACUUGCUUGCUUAAUAUUGUUGUGCAAAUUCCGUAAAUGUACCUUACGUUAUAUGAAAACAUUAUGGGGUGCCGAUAAACCCUGCAAUUACAACACAGAUUCAGGCCAUGCAUGUCCUUAUUGAGUGCAAUUUUACAUUAUGAAAAUCCUAGAUAUAAAGAAUGCUGAAAAAUGUGAUUGAUCAAUAAGAUCUGUCCAUGUUUGCAUUCCUCAUCCAACCACACUGACUUUACAAAUCUAUACAGGUGUUUAGGAUGGACCUGUUUGUGUGUAUGUACAAAAUUAGUCAUGUGCUUUCAUAAGUCUACAGUAUCUUGCACUUAUAGCAUCCAUAACUAGAUGACUAGAGUUGUGUAGACCUAAUCAUGGAGUGGUUGGCAUAGAACAGUGGUUCCCUAACUCAGUCCUAAAGGAACACUUACAGUUCAUAUUUUCCAGGUCACCUGUGGAUUUUUAAAAUGUGACAGCUGGUGACCUGGAAAACGCAAACUUGAGGACUUAGUUUGGGAACUACUGGCAUAGAUGAUUUUACUGUAAGGCACAUACUGCAUUCUGCAAUACCAAUCUAAAUUAAUAUUUUGGUUAGAAAGGAUGCCUUUUGCAAUUCACACCCCAUUUUAGGGUAAAGUUAGUUUAAUCAGGAAUGACCAAACUAGCUAAUUGGGUCUCUUUGAGUGGGUUCAGCUUUAGACCCUGCACAACUACUGUAGUUUAGCUCUGAUUCCUAUGACUUACUUUGUGUGAGGUCAUUAAACAAAUCUUUGUCUGCAAUUUUACUGAGGUGCAGUUCUUCUAACAAUAUGUACAGUAAAUACUAAGUACUUUGCUGUGAGGAAUUUGACCUCUAUCAAAACCACUCUACAGACAGAAACAGCACCUGUAGACUGUUUCCUAUAUAAAAAAAUAUGAAUAAACAGUAAAUAAAAGCUCUAUGCAUUUUAAAUGUGCAUUCUUUUUAUUAAUAGAAGCUUUAAUGCAAACUAGUUUUCAGCAGUAGUGAAUAAUUAUAAUUACUAAAACAAACUCAACUACAGUACAGUCACCUUUUUGCAAUCCUUCUUUGCUUUUCUGUGUAUUUCAAAUGUAUGACUAGGUCAUAAGUUACACCCCACGUGCUUAGACACCUUAAGUGACAGGUCAAACCCAACAGUCAGUUUUUCCCCAACAUAAAAUUAAUUACAGUGCUUGAAAAUGGAAACACACAAUUUGUAUCUUUUUGUAAAAUUACAAAUGUUUUAUUAAUUUGAAAAAUACUCCAGCGCAGAAUCACCAUGAAAUGCUAGGCGGGUGUGUUUACAUGUUUAUAAGAAAGAAAUAUCACUUAUAGAAAACAAACCUAUUACUCCAUGCUUGUUUCUGUCUUUGUAUGUUAAUUUGAAUAUUAAAUGAAAUCUCUGAAAUGUGCAUCCCUUCAGUUAUAUCUAUAUAUAUUAUAUAUAUGAUGUUGUCAGUGAGUUAGGAGCUAAUAUCCAAUACACUUUAAUAAACCUGUGUGGCAUUGCUGAGGACUUUGCAGCUUUGACAUUAUUAUGUGAGGGUAUGUCAUUCAAUGUCUUAUGUUUUAUUAAUGUCUUUACACAGAUACAGUGCCAGUGUGGUCAUUUUACAACUUUACUACUCAGUUGUCAAGCGCCAUCAUCUUGAACCACGUGACAUGCAGGAGUGGCUUACUUAGCAAAUUAACACAUAGGGGGUAUAUUAUAAGCAGAGUUAAUUUACCACUGCUAAUAGGUGCUAUCCAAUUGGCCAUGAUAAUCAGAAUUUAUGGGGGAUUAUGCUUUGGGUGCCACAGACACGCGAAGCAUAAUCCCGAUAACCAGCCCUCUAGCCGUGGUAACACAUGAGUCCAGAAAUGUAUUCCGGAUCCCAUGUGGUAUCACACAAUAGCGGGUCCUUUUUUCGGCAAACAAAAAUGGCCUAUAAUUGGAAUAGCCUGAUAAUGACCAUCGGUCAUCAGCCUGUUUUUAUUGGACAAAUACAUUUUAAUACCAGCAAUCAGAAUUUUUCCAGCUUCAACUUUGUUUUAGUAAUUUUGCAAACCAUUUGUUCCAAAAAUAUUAAAAGGAUUGUAGAGAGUUGGCAGUACAUAGGAAGAUAUAAUGAGCCAACAGCAUUUUAAUUUUAUAUUUUUACUUUUAUUCCCCUUAUUGAAAAGAAAGAAAUCAUCUUUUUUGGUCACUGUUUGAGUCUCCUUUCCUCUAGCCCUGUAUGAUGCUCAAAUACCAGACCAAUUUUUAUACCAAUCUUUAAAAUAUUAACUAUACAAUAAUAUUAACUAUUUUAAUAAAGGUUUACAGGAUGAAUGAUAAUACAUCAGUAGCAACAGUGGCUAAUUAACAAACUAUACUUCAUUUUUCUACCCUAGUGUGGCUCUAUCUUUGACAUUGAAAUUGACAGUGGAGGCAUGAUUGCAAGUGCUAUCCACUUAAUUUACUAGACCAGUUUAGAAUAUUAUGGGGAACAAUGUGGUCAGCAAGGCAAAAUUAUCUACAAAAUAAUACUUGUUUACUUGUGUAAAAUAAAGUUACUUUCAAUGCCUUGCUUUGCAAUGAAUAAAAACAUGGACCUAAUAAUUAGCAGCGGGUUUCAAUGUCAUCAGUGAACCAAUUUGCCGUACUACUGCUUUGUUUGAACAAUUCAACUUUGUACAUGUAGUUGAUGACAAAGUGUUUUUAAUCCUUAGAUGUUUCUUAAGGGUAUUAUUGAUUAACUAUUAAUCUGGUAAGGCUAUACAAGGAGGUAAGACACUAUUGCAUUCAUGCUUCAAUUUCUCUAGUCAUGCUAUAUUUUCCAUCUAGUUUUUAUCAUUCUUUGACUGGUCAGACUGGCACACAGGGGUACAGGGAUAACCUGCCUGUGGGCCCCACUGCCUGAGGGCCCUCCCCCUCCUCAGGGGAUCAGGUUCUAGACUGUGCAUUCAAAUUAUACUUUAUAUGUACUGUAUGUUAAAUUAUACUGUACAGGACUACAGUGUAUUUUCUACAGUACAUUGCUGUUAUUAAUUUGAUACAUUAUCAUGCAUGCCCAUGCACUCUUAUUGUUAGCCAAACCUCUGUGGUGGCUGGCCACACCCCUAAGCAUGGGCACCUAACAUUGCAUUCCCCCUGGUGGGCCCUUCAUGCCCCGGUCCAACACUGCUGGUCACCAAAUUUCAAUAUUCACUAGAAAAACUUUAUGCAGCAUUACUAUCAUUGCUAUAAUCAUUACUAUACUCAGCAUGUACUUCACUUAAAUACCUUUAUAAUAUUCUCCUAACCCAAGAUCACUUUACAUCUUCAAAGUAUAUAUUUAUGUAAUUGUGAUUGGCAAGGUCUUGACCCUUACAGAGCCUCCCCUCUGGAGUCACUAUACAGCUCUUUUCAUAUUUGAUGCAACCUACUGUAGUUGGAGUAAAGCUAUUUCCGAACUUUGACAAGCUACAGUAGUCACAUUUUUCCUAUGUGAUGUUAUACCAUACUUAUAAAUGCAAAACUCUCAUGUUCAGACAACUAUUAAAAAAGUUACAUUCCUGGAAAGAAUAUGCAUCUAUAAAUAAGUGUGUUUUCAUUUACAUUCUAAUACUUUGUAAUGAACAUAUCAAUUGUAUGAUAUAUCAUAUUAUGGCAGAGCAGAAACACUUCGGCUGAUCUCUAAUGUGCAUUUUAAAUCGUUAAGAGCAUCUACAUUGUGCCUCUUUCUUGUUAUCACACACACUUUUACUUCUAGGUAGAUUAUAUUAUAUUAAAUUAACUUUUUCAUAUAAAACAACAACGAUUGAACAUAGUUGAUAACCUCUAUAGGUUAUUAGCAUUUAUGGGAUAUUUGGAUACUAUUUUGGGGGAAUAAUUUUACUGCUAAAUAAUUUUCAUGCACCUCUUUUUUUAUUUGUCAAGAUCAUGCCACAUUCUAAACAAACACUAAUUCAAUUGAUAAAUCCGUUAUAUAUAUUAAAAAUUCAUACUACUAUACACGGCAGCCUUAAAGAAAUAGAAUGGUAAUUCUCAAAUAAAUGGACUCUUUGGAAUUUUAGUUAAUGGGGAAUUUAUGUUAGAGAAUUUUAAUGCCCAAGUAAUGUUAUAUAUUUUUAUUCUCCUUGGAUACAACUACAGACUUAAGUUUUUGCAUUUGAUAAAAUUGUUUCUUUGUGGCAAAGCAUUUGUCAUAUCGAAGGUCCACAAAAAUAAAAACUGUUUGUCUGAACAAUAUACAAUAGAGAUCCCCUUUAUGCUUUUAUAUUUUUGUAUAACUUCUUAGCAAAAAUUAAUAUACAUCUUUGACUACUAAAAUUAAAAUAAUAGUUUAGAAAUAAAUAAUGAAUUAUUGUAGUAGAUUCCUUACCUCUUCAAACUGCAGGCAGCCAUUUUGUGAGUUACACCAGUAUUGUGCCUGUCAAUUCACUUGGUACAGUAGGUAAUUUAUGCAAUUUGAUAGGCUGCAUUAUGAUAUUAUUUCACUGUACAAAAUGGCUGCCUCCGUUUUGUCUAGGAAAUUUUAAUCACAAAAUACUUUAUAUGGAUUAACCCUUCUUCUGAACAAAAGUGUCUAACUAGCAAUAUUUGUGUGCCUCUUAUUGAUUAUUUUCUCUAACGUCCUAGAGGAUGCUGGGACUCCGUAAGGACCAUGGGGAAUAGAUGGGCUCCG